AUGUGGAAAUCAGCUCACCAAGUAGCUGAAUACAUGGUCAUCACCGGGCAUUUCAUUGAUUCGGGAUGGAAUCUUCAGAAGCGAGUUUUGAGUUUUGUGAAAGUUCCUGCUCCUAGACGAGGCAUUGAUGUGGCAGAUGCUAUUUUCAAGUGUUUGAAGAGUUGGGGUAUUGAAAACAAAGUGUUCUCUGUGUCAGUUGAUAAUGCUUCUUACAAUGAUUCUUGUUUAAGAGCUCUUAAGGACACUUUAUCACUUAGUAGUUCAUUACCUCUAGGUGGUGAUUUGUUUCAUGUUAGAUGUUGUGCACACAUAUUAAACUUAAUGGUGCAAGAUGGCCUUGGAAGAAUUAGGGACAUUAUACAUAAUGUUCGAGAGAGUGUGAAAUAUAUCAAUUAUAAUGACUCAAGGCUGAAAGCAUUUUGUGAUGUUGUUGAGCAGAAACGUUUGAAGGAAAGAAAGCUUAUUCUUGAUUGUCCAACGAGGUGGAAUUCGACAUAUAGGAUGCUGUCUAUUGCUUUGAAGUUUAAGGUUGUCUUUCCUGAUUAUAAGGAAAGAGAGCCACAUUAUAACUAUGCACCAUCAGAAGAGGAUUGGAAUAAGGUUGAGAAGAUUUGUAAACUUUUAGAAGUAUUCAAUCUAGCCACCCAUAUCAUCUCAGGUAGUGAGUAUCCUACUGCAAAUUUGUACCUUCCUGAAGUGUGGAGAGUGAAGCAAGUAAUUGACAAUGCUAUAGAAGAUGGUGAUUUCUUCAUAAGAGAAAUGGCAGCUUCAAUGAAAGAGAAGUUUGACAAAUAUUGGGGAGAAUGUAAUAUGCUAAUGGCCAUUGCAAGUGUUUUGGAUCCCAGGUGCAAAUUAUAUGUUGUUAAUUAUUGCUUUCCUUUGAUUUAUAAGCCUGAUUAUGUGGCUUCUGAGAAUAUAGAUAAAGUAGUGAGUGCUUUGAGAUCAAUGUAUGAUGAGUAUGUAAGCAUGUACAAAGGAGACACAAUGGGUAAUAAUAAAGUUGAUAAUGCUAGUAAUAACUCUUCUGCCGAUGCAUCUGGUUCUUCUAUAGUUACUGGAUUUGAUCAAAUCAUGAGUAUUGUUCGUGAAAAGCAAGCAGUCCCACCAAUGAAAUCAGAAUUGGAAGCUUAUCUUGAGGAUGGUGUUUACAUUCCUGAUGGUAAUUCUAACUCCUUCAGUGCCUUGGAAUGGUGGAAAAAUAAUAGCAUGAAGUAUAAGAUUUUAUCUAAGAUGGCUGCUGACAUAUUAGCUAUUCCAAUCUCAACCAUAGCAUCGGAGUCCACUUUUAGUGCUGGAGGUAGAGUUAUCGAUGAAUAUCGUUCCAAAUUGAAUGAAGAAUCAAUUGAAGUGCUUAUUUGUGGUGGGGAUUGGCUUCGCAAUAAGUAUGGCUUGAGGAAAAAACCAAAGGUGCUCGAACAAGAUGAAGAAAUUAUAUUGAAAAUUUGA